AUGGAUGACAUGGGAAACAUAGAAAACAAGUAUAAAAAACAUUUACUAUCGAUAGAUAGGCGACAAGCUGGACAAGCCCAGGCUUCUGCUUACUCGUCAUUUUUCAAGGGAGCAGCUGUUGUUUGCCUCGUGGCGCUCUCUGGGCUACAGCCGGCGGCAGGAGCUUUGCAACUCACCGUCAAAAAAGCUGGCACAGAUGCAUACACCUCCGUGAACUUGGCCCGCGUUGGUCAGCUGUCUGUACGGAUUGGCGUAUUGGCGGAGGACAGCGACCUGGCUAAAGGUCUAGAGACUAGCUUCCCAACGACUUCAUUUGAGCCGCCAGCCGAUACGUGUGAAAACUUCAUCAAGGCACUCAAGAAGAAGAAAUUUGUCGCACAGUUCACAGACGCUAGCGCCGAGAACUAUCGCCAAGCGGUGCAGGAAGCUCUUACGGCUGGACUUGGAAAGCUGACGUCAUACCCUGAAACUGAUACUGAGGAGGCGUGGACGCCGUUCUGGACGGAACCCGACGGCGCCAACCUCGCACACCUUCUUUGGUCUAAGAGCACCAAAGUUGGCUGCGCCAUUGGAACAUGCGCUCCACAAGCAGAAGAGUAUCGAUCUUCACCAGACAGUGCCACAUUUCUUGUUUGUGAGAUGAAUCCUGCAGCGGUGGAAAAGCAGGCUCCCUUCGAGUAA